AACACACACACACAUCAAGUCAAUGAAUUGUCCAGGCGUAGAAGUCAUUUCCAAAACUUACACACAUGGAAGUGUAACCUGUAAGUCCCUCACAUAAGUGACAGCACUAUGGAUUCAUUCAGUUGCACAGAGCAACCUUUUUGGCAUCAGGGACCUGUUUCUUGGAAGACAAUUUUUCAUGGGGGCGGGGAUGGGGAAAGUUGUGGUGAUGGUGGUAUGGUUUGGGGAUGCCUCAAGCACAUUACAUUUAUUGUGCACUUUAUUUCUGGCCCACGGAGCUGUAAGCUGUUUUACCUUAAAACUGCUAUAGGCAGUAACUUCUAAGCACCGUCAGCUUAUUGAGAAGCACCUCCCGAACCGCCCCCUGCCCCGCCCUCUUUCCUGCGAACCAGACCGGAGCGCUCUCCUCGCCCCGCCCCGUCCUGCCCCUCGCCGGAAGCGCUCCGCCCGGCCUCCGACCCCGGAAGUCCUGCUUCUGACCCGGCGCCGGCGUUUUCUGAAAGGACCUGGAAGUGGAGCGCGAGGAGCGAAGGUCGUACAAGGAAGGGUAGAUUUCUCCUUUCUAGUGAAAUUCCGCGCUGCGAGGCCUGUCUUACUUCGUUCUUAGGGUCUUGUGAGUAACUGCGGAUCCAAACUCCCCACUGCCGUCCCCACCCCGGAAUGGACCAAGGCCUGGUAUGUGACCUGAAGGGGAUCGUGGAGUUGGUUGGGCUGCCCACUGCUGCUGUGUACAUGAGGCCUCACCAGAAGGGGAGCGAGAUCUGAUGGAAAGUGUGGGGAGAAACCCCGUGUUGGUCUCUGUGUGGGAGUUGACUGCCCUGAGUCUCUCCUGUGACAGUGAGCAGCGGAGGACUGUCUGUUCCACAUGAUUGACCUCUAAAGUCUCAUGUUGCCUGAGGAAGACACACAGAAGAUGAGGAAGAGGAAAGAAGAGAAGUCAGGCAUGGCUCUUCCUCAGGAACAGUUGACUUUCAAGGAUGUGGCCAGGAGAUUUCUCUCCUGAAGAGUAGGAAUGCCUGGACCCUGCUCAGAGGGCCUUGUACAGGGACGUGAUGGUGGAGACCUACAGGAACCUGCUCUCCCUGGAUAUCUCACCCAUACAUGUGAUUAAGCAAUUAGAGCUAAAAUCGAACAGUGACACAAGAAAAGUACUUCAAACAGUGUUGCUGAGAAGACCCAAAAGUCUUGAAAUCAAACAUUUUUACCUCAGGGAAAUGCAGGAAAAUAUGAAUGACUUUGAGUCUCAGCAGAGAUGUGAUGAAAGAAAUUAUAAAGGAAUGCCUGUGACCAAUAACAGAAGUCUCACCGAUGGAAGACAUUGCUGUUGUCAAAGGGAUGUCAGAAUCAAGCCUGUUGAAAAUUGGCUUGGUUUAAACUUUCAGGAUGAACUCCACAUAAUAAGAAGUGAAGGGGAAAUGAAUGGAUUUGAUGACCCUGACAAGAAAAUCAACAGUAGUGUCCCAUUUUCACCACUUCAUAUAAUUUCUCCUAGAGUUCAAACCAGUGUUUCUAACACAGAUGAAAAAUGACUUUAUGCAUUCCUCAGUCCUGACACAGGACCAGAAAGCACACAGCAAAAGACCUUACAAAUGUAGCAAGUGUAACAAAACCUUCCUCAAUAGCUCAAACCUCACCAGACAUCACACAGUCCACACAGGAGCAAAAAUAUUUAAAUGUGAUUUAUGUGACAAAGUCUUUAGUCGAAAUGCAAGACUUAUAAAUCAUGGGAGAACUCACAGUGGAGAGAAACCUUACAAAUGUAAUGAAUGUGGAAAAGGCAUCAGAAAAUUCAUACAGGAAAGAAGUUCUGUGAAUGUGAUCUCUGCAACAAAAUCUUCAGUAAUAAUUCAAGCCUUGCAACUCAUCGGAGAGUUCAUACUGGGGAGAAACCUUAUAAAUGUAAUGAGUGUGGCAAAGCUUUUAGUCUGUUUGCAACCCUUGCACGGCAUCAUAGAGUUCAUACUGGAGAGAAACCUUACCAGUGUAAUGAGUGUGGAAAAAUCUUUAGUCACCACUCUAACCUCAUCAGACAUCAGAAAAUUCAUACCAGAAAGAAGUUAUAUGAAUGUGAUAUGUGUAGCGAGGUCUUCAGUCGAAAUAAAAACCUUGCAAUUCAUCAGAAGGUUCAUACUGGAGAUAAACCCUAUAAGUGUAAUGAGUGUGACAGGAGGUUUAGUGACAGUUCACAUCUUGCAAGUCAUCAGAGAACUCAUACUGGAGAGAAACCUUACAAAUGUAAUGAGUGUGGCAAAGUUUUCACUAUACGUGCAACUCUUGGAAGACACCAGAGAGUUCAUAUUGCAAAGAAACCUAACAAAUGUAAUGAAUGUGGCCAGAUCUUUACUCAAAAAUCAAGCCUUACACGUCAUCAACAAAUUCAUUCUGGAAUGAAACCUUUCAAAUGUAGUGAUUGUGGCAAAGCCUUCCGUCAAAAUUCACACCUUACAAGUCAUGGGAGAGUACAUUUUGUAAAGAAACCUUUCAACUACAUUGAGUGUGCAAAAUCCUUUACUCAAGUCUCAGCCCUUACUACAUACAAGAAAAUCCAGACAUGAGAGAAACCAUAUAAAUAUCAUAUAUAUUGGAAAGUCUUCAGAAUUAAAAAUUCACACCUUACAGUUCUUUGGAGAACUGUUACUGGAGAGAAACCAUACAAGUAUCUUUAAGUCUGGCAAAGCUUUUGUGCAUUCGGUCUGACCAUCAUAUAUGGAAGGAAUGGAAGGAAACCUUACAAAUGUCAUAAUGGAAGGAAGUGUCAUAUGGAAGGAAUGUCAUUAAUGUCAUAAUGGAAGGAAACCUUACAAAUGUCAUGACUGUCUCAGUGUGUUUAGUCAAAGUUUAUACCUCAUGACCCCCCAAAUUACUCAUACUAGAGAGAGACUUAAUAAAUGUAAUGAAAGUUUUUCAGUGUCCUUUCAAGCCUAACUCAUGAGAUGGUCCAUACUGAUGAGAGACCUUGAAAAUACGGUGAUGUGGCAGUGCAUUUAGCAUGUGUUCACAUCCUAAAGUUCAUGAGAAAAUUCAUACUGGAUAGAAACUAGGUAGAUGUACUUUGUGUAGUCAGGCCUUCAGAAAAUGAAUUUGUUCUGGAAAGAAUCCUCACAAGUAUCAUGAAUGUGAGAAAUGUAUGCUCGGGGCUCACAUCUCACCAGAAUUUAGGUAAUAAAUCAGUGGACAAAACAUGAAAGAAAGGGAUAAAUUUUGCAAAUCUUUUAUGUUGUGCCCUAAACUCAGGGCACAAUACAAUGAGGAGACUUAACCUGACAGUACAGUGGUUAAGACUCCAUGGUUCCACUGUGGUGGGGGCGGGGGGGGAGGUAGAGCUCAAGUUUGAACCCUUGUCGGGGAACUCAGAUCCCACAUGCCUCAGGGUGUGGCUGAGAAAUAAAUUUUUUAAAUUGAAUUUUUAAAAAUUGCAAAAAAAAAAUUACAGUGAAUAUGGCAAAGUUUCAAAUUAUUGGUUCUUUGUCACUAGAUAUCAGAAUCUUUAUUCCUGGAGAAAACAGAAAUGUAACGUAUGUGGCAGAGGUUUUACCCAAAGAUCACAAAUAAGGGGACAUACUGAAGCGUUUGCUCCCAAAUUCUGUGGGUCUGGCAAAACCUUUACCUUGAGUUCAAAUAUUAGGCAAUAGCAGAGAGUCUGUCAUGAAGAGAAGACACGUAAAUGUAGACCAGGAGCUUUAUCCAGGCCUCAUAGUGCACGAAGCUUCAGAAUACAUGUUUUUGAGAAAUACUAAGAGUCGGACAUGACUGAGCGACUGAACUGAACUGAUACUAAAUAAUGUGUGUACUAAUUCUUGUAAUUGAAGAUCCCAGCUGUGGAACAUAGAGGUAUCAUGUUGGAGAAGAUGCUUUCCAGUGUUAUGAAUCUGUAAAGAUUUUCAUCAAGUGCCCUCGCCUUUGGUGUAAUGAGAUAAUUCAUAUAAGUCAAAGUAUACAGAUAUUCUGAACAUGGAACCACUUUUAAGAAACAGUGCAUUCUCAGGGAACAUCAUAAGAUUCAUAUUUGGGAAAUAUGUGAUAAAUUUGGGUAACUUUUUGAGCACUUCUUACAAUACACCACACAUCAAAUAAUACAUAUUAGGAAUAAAUAACCCUAAUAAAUAAGGACAACUAUGGUCCAUAUUAAUCUGAGAUAUUACAUACUACAGAAUUAUUACAAGUCACAGCAUGUUAAAACUUAAUGACAUAAUGUAUACAUGAGAGUAAGGACAUAUGUGGAAAUGGCCCAUUAUCUUCAGUGUGGUGGUGGUUUAGUCGCUAAGUCGUGUUUGACUCUUGCAACUCCAUGGACUAUAUAGCCUGCUGAACUCCUCUGUCCAUGGAAUUCUCCAGGCAAGAAUAUUGGAGUGGGUGGCCAUUUCCUUCUCCAGGGGAUCUUUCUGACUCAGGAAUCGAACCCGGGUCUCCUGCAUUGCAGGCAGAUUCUUUACCGACUGAGCUAUAAGGGAAGCCCUAUCUUCAGUGUAUACAUAUUAGUUUUGAGUUUUCUUGAAAAGGCUACAUUACAGUUUAUGCCAUUCAACAUGAAGUUUGAAGUCUAUUGAUCUUACACCUUCAAUAUAGACCUUUGAAGAUGGUCUCUGGACAGGAGUCAGUAAGAUGAAGGGGCAGACUCCAUUAGGUGUGGUUCCUUCAGCUUCAUGUUACCUGGAAAAAUGAGGACCCUGAAUUAUACAAUAGUGUGUGAAUUAUGCUUAGCAGCAGAUAAUAAUGUAAGACGAGGGCAUGAUUACUCAUCAUGCUUAUUGCAUCAUGCUCAUUGUGUUCAGGGUGCCUUUCUGUAGAUAGUUCACAGUGGGUUAUGGGACAGAAUCCUCCACCUACUGGCCUUGAACAGAGCAUGCAGGGCAUUAAGGGACUGGGCUCUUCAUGGGGGAAAAAUGACAGGUCACUAGGGACUGAUUAUCUGGUAGAAAUAAUGCAGAGGAAAACUUGGUCAUAUUUUCCAUUGGAUGGUUAUAACUGUUGUAUGUUUAAUGAGUUAUUUUUGGAGAUUGAACAGAGCAGUUAUCUUCACAGGAAAAUAUAUGCAUUAGAAUAUUGCUUGUAUGAGUAUGAUCCACAUUUAACUGCUGCAGUUACAUUUGCUUCUGUGUAAUUUAAAGUGUUUCAUAUGUCUCCUACUGUAAUUAAUAAAUUUAGUUACUUUGUCAACCCUCGAUGAAUCUUGUUGCUUCCACCAACACUUUUUUCCUGUCUCUAACUUUACAAGUAGAGAAGUUAGCAAUGCGCCAUUAGGUUCUCAGGAUUGAAAGAAUCUGUAGUAAUUUCUUUCAAAUAUGGAAUCAAACAGGGUACCAUUUGAGGAUUAAAUACUCAAUUUGUACUUGCAUUAUUCUUUCCACUCUGUUCCAAGCUAUUCAGAUGGGCAUAAUGAAAACAUCAUAACUGUAUAUUUCAGACUCUUGACUUCUAUUAAUGUGCAAAAAUUUAACAGUAAAUUUAAAAAAUUGAUUUUAUUGAAUGACUUAUCAGUUUGGCAGCAUCCCUUAUAGUAAAUUAAGAGAUUCUCUAAGGAGCUGUGUCCUGCUUCACCAAAACAACCGUUCUACAGACUUUCUGCCUCUACCUCUUCAGAACAGGUCCUGGAAGCUGUCUCUGAGUCCUUGUUCCCUUGGCUGUAGUCCUCAUUCUGCCUGAAAUGAAACAACUCACAACUCUUGGUUUGUGUGUUUUUUAAAGUCGACAGAAUCAUAAACAGAAAAUUUUUUUUAAUUUUUUUAUUGAAUCUAUAUGGGAUGAUGGAUGCUUACUGACUUAAUGAUAACUAUUUCAAUAUAUGAAAGAACAUUAUGCUGUACACCUAAAUCUCAUACAGUGAUGUAUGUCAAGUUCAUCUCAAUAACACUGGGAGGAAAAGUUUUCAAAGGCAAAACACUUUGGAGAAAAAAGAAUGAACAGUGCAAUUUAGAGCAGUUUUGUUUGUUUGUUUGUUUUUAGCGUGUCUUAUUCUCUUUAAAGCAAUGGUUAGUGUCGGAAAUUAUCACACGGCUUAGUCCUUAACUCAGACUCCAGGAUUAGUCCCUGAGUGCCUGGAACUGACAGUGUGUUGUCAUUCAGCCUCAUUCAUCCUGACUGAAUGAGGAAUAGAAAGGAAAAACUGUUCUCUAGGGUAGAAUUCUACCCAGGGAGCAUUUUGUAUUUCUCAUUCUAGUUUUUAUUAUCGAGGCAAAUCCAGUUCUUCGUUCCUUUAACUGCCUAAAU